AUGCAGCUCUCGUCGAACAUCGAGACGGCGACGCCGUUCGUCUUGAAUUUUGAGUUGACCAAUACACAGUCGGCCAUGCUCGUGCACGACGACCACAAGCGGCACGCAGCCAUUGCAGAAGCGCGCUUCCUCCUCAACGGGGCCGAGUACAUUGAGUUUGAGCUCGCGUCCAGUAAGCCCCGCGCAGCGUCCUCGCCCUUGUAUUUUGGCGCCGUUGUGCACGUCGUUUCCAAGGCGCACGGCCAGAAACGGUACCUCUGCGGAUCGUCGUUUCGCCGAGGCUUGCGCUGGUCGUCCUCAAGGUCCUCGAAAGGCCUCUUUCGCUUCGUGUCCCAAGACCACCUCGGCGGCCCGCUCCAGAUCCAGGACGAUUUUUGCCUCCAGAGCGUCAAAUGGCCGAGCUUCUAUGCGAGCUUUCAACAACGGAGCUCGACGCACGCGCUCGGUCGACUCGUGCUGAAGCGCAGCAUGGAACACGCCGUGGCCUUCUCCGCGCUCAACGCGAUGCACCGGGAGUUUAUGCUCUCGAGCCUUCGCCACCCUAUCCCGCGCGACAUCCCGACGGUCUACGUCUCGGAACACUCGUUCGACACGGACAUUGAGCUCGACGACGAGAGCUCGGACGUCGGCGAAGCGAUUUUUGCACGUCGGACGAAGCACUGCCGGUCGCCUACCGCGCCGACUGGCAGCGCCACUCGGCCCCACCUUGUGCAGUGCGUGAUCUUAUUGCCGUUCUAA